ACAGCAAUAAAAGAAGUAUGGCUAGAAGAUGGGGUUUGCUGGACGAAUAUGAUGUAAUUAAGCCCCGAUUGUAUGAUACAAUCAGAUAUCCCCCUCCAGGUUGUAUAGCAUUAUAUGACCCAGCUUUCAAAUUGGGUUUGAGGUUUCCCUUACACCCUUUUGUAAAGGAAGUGUUAGAUUUUUUAGACAUAACAGUGAUCGAGUUAUACCCCAACGCAUGGGAAUGUAUUGUCGCCUUUAUUCUUAUUAGUAGGAUAAUGGGUAUGAAGCCUAACUUGACAUCGUUUCGCCAUAUUUUUCGAGCGAGACUCUGCAACUCAAAAGGCCACGGUGUUGGUUGGGUAAACUUCUCCCAUAGAAGAACUUUCAAAAUUGUGGAUGGCUUACCAGAUAGCCAAAAACAUUACUGAACCAAGUUUUCUUAUUUGUAUCAUAGUUAGGGUUGGAACUUCAAAACCAGUUAUGACAUAGACCCAAAACUCAAAAGCUUUAAUAAUUUUGUUCUCGUUUGUAAUCAUGAGGAGGCGAUUAUAGUGAGAUAUGCCAAGAUGACUGUUGACUGGUUCGAAAACUCGUCUAUGUUCAAAGGAAAUGGAUUCCCCUUGGAUGGGCUUUCAGAAACGGGUUCAUCCAAUUUGCUUACGAUGUUAGUUUGAAAGUGGACAAGACUAAGUACCUCGACUUUUCCUAAGGUUAUAUAUUGCAAUUAGUCUCUGAACUUUUGUGUCUACAGGAAUUGCCACCAUCGAACUUCACAAUCAAUAUAAAGAUUUAAUGGAAAAAUUCAACGCGAUGAAGAUCAUGGAUGAAGCAUCAAGAGCGGCGAAUCCACAACCUCUACUUCCAACGCCCCCCAAGUCUAUGCAAGAUUCCACAACUGUGGUAGAAGGUAUCAUAGAGGCACCGAGCCAUGAAGAAGCUCGAGUUCUUCCGGAAAAAAGGAAGGAGAUACCUCCUCCCGAGGGAUUGGCGAGUCGAGAGGCCCCUUCACCAAAGAAGAGGAAGAAGACCAAGGCCAAUCCUGCUGAACCCAUACAUGAUAAUCCGGAAAUAGUCGAAGAUGUUGAAGACGGAUCAGAAGGAUCAUCUAAAGCUAUUCAUGAAGCAGUGCCUUUGCAGCAAUGUAUGCCUUUUAUCUCAAUAAGAGAACCUAUUAAGACCACCUCUAAACCUGUUGUAGUAUCUUCUUCGGAUCGGAAGAGGAAGAGGGUAUUUGAGGAGGAAGGAAAGGUUUACACCCGAAACAUUAAGGCACAUAAGCCUGACAUUCUUUUUGUAAACCUUGGUCCUUCAGAUAUGGCGGCACCGUUCAAUAAGGCGUUGUGCGACAGCGGAAGCAAAGAUCGAAAAUAAUAAUGAAACAAUAAAGAUUCAAACAAACAAUUAAGAAAAUCACACCAAGAAAUUAACGUGGUUCACUAUCAACGUGAUAGCUACAUCCACCGGCAUCGAGAAUAAACUUUUCACUUUAAACCAGGAGAUUACAAGAUGAACACGAGAAACCACAACAAUGGCUCUACAAGCUUUUUCUCUCUUAGUUUUCCUCACUUUGUGUUUUGCUCUGCAUCCUCAUUCUAAUUCUAAUUACAUGGAGCCUUUAUAUAGUAUACCUCAUAAUAAAAAGAAAUUAGGGUUAAGAAAAUACAAAAACCGUCAAAUACUAAGAGCAACCGGCCAAAAACGUGCCAAGAAACCGCCAUUACGCGAGCCGUGUAAAACUACGCGAGCCGCAGAGUGAGAUCAGAAGCAACUCCGAGCCCCGCGGAGUAUUACGCGCCCCGCGGAUCAAGGCAGAGACAGCUCCGCGCCCCGCGGAGUUCUACGCGACCCACGAAGGUCUUCUUCGUCCCAUAUGAUGACUUGUUCAAGUCACUAUAUUUCAACACUACUGACCCAAACAGAUAUAGAGUAUCUUGACACUAUAAAUCUAACUUAAAAGGGCUCCACAAGCUCAAAUGGCGCUGGCGGAGGUAAUACGCUGAUUCUUUGUUCGUUAUUUCUUUACUUAGAUACAUUCUUCAAUAAUCAAUUCAUGCAGGGACUGCUGAGAAUGAUUUUUGAGACGUCAAAAGUGCAACAGAAUGAGGUUGGUCAAGAUACAAUCCGAACUUUGACCUCUCAGAUUGAUGAACAGAACGAGAAGAUUAUCCAACUGACUCGGGAGUCAGUUGAGCAGGCUCAGGUGCUAGCCACACUUAAAGGCAAGCUCGACAAAUGUAAAGAGCUUACUGAGCGUCUAGAGUUGGCUGAAAAUUGGAGGUUGCGCCUAAAGGAGGCUCUACAAGAGGGGGGGAGGAAAGUUGGAGAAUUGGGCUGGUCUUGCUAUCAACAUUGCUCAUGAUGUUGAUGUAAUGCUAGAUGACCAAGACCAGCUAGUAGUGAAGGGUGACCAUUUUUCUCGGUUUCUUGCUGACGAGAAAGCCAAAAUGGAGUUCAUUGUUGACGCCACCAAGGUCUACAAACUAAAAUCUAAAAGGCGAGGGCGGAUGCACCAAGAUUGGGUCCUCCGGACUCUUAAUCUUGCACGCAAUCAGUCCUCUCAAUUACGUGGAGGAUGAUUGACUCAAACUCACACAAAACAACCACCAAUCAACCCAAGAAACCAAUUCUUGGUUUUCAAGCCAGCCUUGGUCACCCUCGGAUUUGGCUUCACUCAUCAACGAGAAAUGACCCCACACACCCUCCCUCGAGUUCCACUCAAAUAAGGGAAGAUGACACUCUAAAUUUUUCCACAAUUAGAGUGUAGACGAUGUUCCACACGUUCUUGCAAAGCUGAGAUUGUAAUGACAAACAUUCACAAAGAGAGGAAUGUAACUUUGAGGAAAAAAUGAAGAGAAUUCUUAUUAAUCACAAAAAUGAAUGAAUUUACAUGAGAGGCAACCUUAUAUUUAUAGGUUUCUAGCUAGCUAACGGCUAAUAACAUCUUGUGCAUUACAUCAUGUGUUUUUAAAACACAAAACAGAAACUAAAACUAAGUCAGAAUGCUAAGCUGCUCCUCAGUACACUGUCUGUUGACUGGGGUACCUUGUGCACGGAUUUCAGAGAGUUGCAUGCACUAUUAGCAUGGCUCUUGGACCUUUAUGGCUAGUUCCGUGUAUAGAGAUGACGUCCCCAUGAUUGGCUAGGUCCAGAUCUCCAUGGUCAAGGCUUGGGUCAUGCUGCAAAGUGGGCUGUUCAGCGGAUAUUCUGCUAUUCUGAACUGUUGCGGUUGUUGCUGUAUUCUCUUCUUCUGCUGCUGCUGUACUGAUUGGUGCACAUUGAGCUGCUGCUGUACUUUUCUGAAUAGUCAUACACACACCAUUUGCUUGCUUGCACAAGUUAUUACAUAGUUUUGAAUGUGUAAGAAACCUGCAUCAUAUUAAACAUGGUGCAGCGGAUAACAUAGGUUUGGCUUGCGUCGGAGAAAUUCGGAGAUUUUAUGACCAAGCUAUCUGGGGAGAUGGUCAACAAUGGCAUUCUUUUAGAGGCUGAGGUUGAUAGAUUGGCGGCUGAGGAGUUGGGUUAUGACAUGGAAAAGUUGGCCUCUCUGGCCAAAUUGAAAAGGAGUGAUGCCUUUACCAACCUUUCUCUUGUGUUUGCCAAGGAGUUAAAGACGAUGAACAUUGAUCCCUGGAAUGUUGAGAUACAAAGGUAGUUGGUUCAAAACGGUCGAUCCACAAAAGAAGGAGCGUGUCUUAAAAGUUGAUCUGGAUUCACUAUCUUUCGAAUACCCUGUUGUUCCUAAAGUUUUUGCGAGGUUUACUUUCUCUCUGGAGCAUUGAUGUAUGGAUGUUUGUGGAAACAUUAUAUCUGAGAAAGAGACUUUUUGCUCACUCACCUCAGAACUUGCCGAUAAAGAGCCCAUGAUAUUCAACAUUGAAGAAUUGGUACACUUUACACCCCCUCUUGUACUGAUGAAGCUGUCUAACUUUUAAAUUUAUGUUAUUCGGAGGCAAUCAUGCCUUGUAUUUGAACAUAUCAUUCUGAAGGUUGGCCUGAGUGCCAUGUAAUUAACGAUUAUUUUAUUGCGUGAUGUUUUGUACAUUUCGCUACCUUUGAUGGAAAUCUGUUUUGUUCUGUAUAUCUGCUUCUUUGCUUGUCACUUCUUUUUGGUUUGUUCAGAUUCGGG